AUGCCAGGAGUAUUUGCAGAGGAAUUGCAGCAUGUGUGGGCGACGCAUCUGCCUUCGAAGGGCUCGAUACUCGAGCACGAAGGAAUCCUGCCAGGAACUGUCAAUCGGUUUGCUAGUCACAACAGUGAGGCAGAUCUCGCAUCAGCUGCAUCGAAAAAACUGCUUACAACGAUGUCCAAAACAUCUUCGAACUCACUGCUGCACAAUCUGACAACGUCAUUUUUCUCCCUGCAACCGAGCGCAGUCAGCGGAUCUUCGUCAAGCACUAGCAGGACGAUAAGAAACUAUGUUCCUGGAGUAGGAGGUGGUGGAGUAUUUUUGCAUCAGCAUGGAGCAGGAACGAAUCCUUCAUUGUCCGUCGGAUCUCUUGUUGACGUUCACGCGAAGAAAAGCGGCAUUGGGGGGACAGGAGGCUCUUCCAAGAAAUCUUGCUUUUUCGCACUUCCUACUGGACAAGAUGGAGGAGGAAUUGUCGCUCCCGUUGCUUCAUUAACUUCACCGAAUGAAGGUGGAACCAUCGUUCUUGGCGGUACAACAUCAACGUCAACGACAGGAACUUCUGCAGCGUCCUCGUUUUUGGCAACUACUUCUAAUGCAACAACCAGCACACAUCCUAUACAUCCAGUUCCUGCUACUUCGGCAACCUCCUCGUCUUCAGGUCGACCACGAACUAGCUUCGCUGCAGAGGGUGGCCGAUCUGCAUCGGAAGUAGCACACCCUGACGAGGAGGAAGAAAGUGUAGUAAAGGCUGACACUCUACUGUCCGAUCCUGCUGGUCAUCUUCAUGGGAGGCAUCGAUUGGAAAACGACCCUGCUUCUACUCUUCAACAUGACGACCAAAAAACUACAUCACAACCACAUGGAGAACCAGGAGCACAGCAAGAUGAAGGAAGUUCCAACCCGAACGGACCUAGCAGUUUCCUGAAGCAAGAGUCGUUGCCCCGUGAUGCCGCAAUCCGAGUUGACAUGCUGAAUAACAACAACUCCCAGUACUAUGGGGACUUCUUCCUAGGCACGCCACCGCAACCUUUUACGGCAGUGAUGGACACGGGCUCAGGCCUAGUGUGGGUUCCAGGUAAGAAGUGUAGUUCUCAAGUCUGUCUGGAUCAUCACCAAUAUGAUGGGCAGAAUAGCAAGACGCGCGGGGAUAUCCCUGCUGAAGAAGGCGUGACAACCGCGAUCCACUACGGGACAGGCUCCGUGCACUAUCAGCAGAGCGAGGACACGCUGAGGCUGUGCGACUCGAAAUUGAAUCCGAAUUGCCGUGACGUUGGGAAAAACAUACUCACGAUACCGAAACAGGCAAUGGGUAAAUUAUACCUAGACUUAGACUAACUUGUUAGACUUUCGAAGAUUGCCGUGACGUGCGGAAAAACAUACUCACGAUACCGAAACAGGCAAUGGGUAAAUUCCUAGACUUAGAAUUUCACUAGCUUAGACUUUUUCUUCAGAUUUACUUUUUCUUUCAGAUUUCCACGAUGUUGUAUCAGACGAGCUGCGACCUUAUGAAUAUGAUCAUGUACAUUUUUUCCAAGAUUGUUUCUACAUCUGUGCAUCUUUCCGCAUCACCAUGAAUCAUUCAUUGAUGCUCCGCUCAUCACAACAUCAAUAACUGCACAGGAACAAGCCUCGAUCAGACGGAUGAACCUUUUAAAUGGCUCCCAUUCGACGGCAUCUUUGGACUCGCUCCCUCCGCUUCUAAGGGUUCAGCGCUUGCAUCGAUAAAGAAGUCUGGCGCUUUGGCGAACAAUUUGAUGGGGUACUAUUGCUACAAGUUCUUGUAGUACGUCUACUUUAAUAAUGUUUGUUUAAUAUUAUCGUUUUCGAUAUCCUAAGUAGCAAAAGAAAAAGCUAUAGCAAGCUACUUCCUACCACUUGCUAGCACUCCUCUUACUCCAUGUGGAUCUCAAUCAAUUUCUCAAUCUAUUUCAACAGUUGCUACCUCUCCGAAGACACGCAUCGGGUUGGUUCUCUGUCUUUUGGAGGCAUAGAGGAUCAGUACAUUGCGAAAGGGCAUCCUCUCUACUGGCACUCGAUCACGCACCCUAGGGAGUGGCAGGUCGCCAUCCAGGACAUCGAAGUCGACGGCGAACUGCAGCAUGCUUGCGAUAACUACCCGAAUGGCGAGUGCACUGCUGUGGUCGACACCGGAAGUUCCUUGGUCACUGGUCCAUCGUCGGAAAUGGAACCAAUAUUGGAGAAACUGAGGAUAGCUCAGGAAACUGCUGGUGGUUAUCAUCAGGAGAUGGGAGAUGAUGGCAACAGCAUGAUGCCUAACACUAUUAACAACUCUUCUGAAGGAGCAUCGUCUGGAAGCAUCCAACAACCUGGUCCGAACUCCUGCGCCAACGUAGACAACGGAAAAAUGCCGACAGUCAGUCUUUUGAUCAAAGGAAGCGACGGCCUGAUUCGGUAUCCGCUCACACCACAAGACUACACCUUGGCCAACAUCAAUGACCAAACGGACCAGCCAGAGUGCGAGCUAGGGUUCGGAUCGAUGGACGUACCUGGGAAGAAAUGGGUCAUCGGCGACACUUUUCUGCGGAGAUAUUUUAUGACACCGAACUGCAGCUGUGACUGUUCACAGCUGUGUCCUAGACGUUGUACUAGUAUUUUUAGCAGUAGCUCCUGCUGCACGACUAAUGGUAAAAACAUCAUUCAAGAUCAAGAGAAAUCACCAGUAAAAAUAUAAGGUGGACAUUGGACGACACAGAAACAUGAUAACCACUUUCUUCUUCUUGUGACUAAAAUAAAUAGCAUUUUUCCUAAAAAAACUAUUCAGUGUCGAUCGUGAUGCUCCUAUCAUCUCAUCCUGCUCUAAUCCCCACUCGAUCUUUGGGUUUGGGUAGGUACAUAGUACGUAGCUGUAGCACUAGCGGUAGAGUCACUCUUCGUCUAAUAUGUAUGAGGUCGAGCACUUCUAACAUGUGCAUGUAUGAGCUACUAAUAUGUAUCGUGAACAAUGCGAUAAUAUCUCAUCCACCUGCUCUAAUCCCUACUCGAUCUAUGACGACGACCAGCAUAGAGUGGGCUUCGUUCGCUCGGUGCAUCCGGGCGAAACCAACGCACCUCCAGCAAAACAUUUGGCAGUUGGAGCAUCCCCUACAGAAAAAUUACCACGUGUUGCGGUUGCGGGAUUUGCGAACAUCGGAGGAGGAGGAGGAGGAGGAGUAGCAACAUCAGCAAUCGUAUAUGGUUAAGGCUCAAAAUAUUUCAUUUUCAAGCGUCAUUUUCUUCUAUUUCCUUCUUGGGAACCUGAAGAAAUGACCCGACGAAAUGAAUUGUUUUGAGCUCUAAUAUGGUGCUCUUACAAACGGUAUCAAUCGGAUAUUUCAUCCAGCAGCUGCAAACGAUCAGAAUAAUGACAAUGAGGAUGAAGACGAGAUAAAUUCUAAUCAUCUUCGUAAUCGCAGAUCUACUCUUACAUCUGCUCGGCAACCCUCACAGUCAAGUUCAAGGUGCGGAAGAACACGAGAAAUGCGAGAGUUUUUGUAACGAUUGAGUCUCUCACUAUGGCGCUGAAGAUAGCCACUAAGACUAAAACAAAUACAUCUAAUGAUAAUUAUGAUUCCUUAAUAUGUAGCUUUUCAUGAGUUUCAUCUUUCUCUUUGCAGAACUGUUGAAAUUUUGUAGGAGAUGAAUUUCCAAGAAGAUGAUUUUCGACUUGAUGAAUAUACUAAGCUGCACACCGUGAGCUUCCUUUCGCACGUUGAGUUCUUUUUCUUGUCGUUUCUGGUACCUAAAAAUAUCCUCCUGACUCGCUGCGUGACCACUACAACGCCAUUGUAGACACGCAAGGGGCAUGUGAGCAUUACGGAUCUACACAUGAAGACUAGUAACGACUGAGGCGUCGUAUGAUCUGGCUCUCUUUUCACGUUUGUUCAUUCUCAGUGUUAUUCUACUCUCUGUUCUUCAGUGCUGAAGUUUAGGAAAAACUAAGUUGAAAUCUCCCAAAAAAUAGAUUCUUGAAUGUGCAGGCGAGAGGCGCCUCGUGCCUUGC